CGCCACCCCUUCUACCUUCUUUCGCAGUGGUAACAGCAGCAGCAGUAGUAGUAAUUCUCUUUCCCCACCGGCUCCCCCCCCUCUGCAUCCCGCAACCCAGAGCAAUUCCUUCUUCGCCUUCUUGCUUGUCAGCUUUCUCCCAUCCCCUAUUUUACUACUACUCAGUCUGUCCUGCUGUCGGGGUGUUUGUCUUUCUCCCCUUUUUGUGCUGAGCACUUCCCGUACAUCAUCGCUUCUGUACUUCUCAAGAAGGUUCCGUCCCCUACCGUCAAAGGAGUCGGUCGUCAUCUGUUUACCGCCCGUCUUUAUUCCGGCCCGCAUCGCCCACGCACACCCCCUACUCCAAGUCGGUGUCAGCUAUUUUUUUUUUUCAUCUUCGGUCCCACCAGCCUUGUGCUCCAGCCAUCUUCCCCCUUGCCGUUUUUACCCCACAAGGACUUCAAUCGGCUUAUAGAAGGAUCUGGUUCCACAGCCGUCUGGCCCAACUGAAAAACCCAACCGCGGAGCAAUUUUCCCUCCUUCUCUUUCCUUCAACGACUACUCUAACUCUCCUUCUGCACUUGGUCAUCGACUCGUUUUCUCUGUCGAGCAUUUUCUUUUUUCCAUUUUCUUUUUUCCAUCCCAUUCGACAUUCUGGGACCGUUAACUGAGACCUCACGACAUAUCGUCGGAUCGUCUUUUAUUUUCUAAUCUGCCAUUUUCGACGAGUGGUUUUACCGUCCUUACUAUCCCUCAAUAAAAGCUAGACACCAUGAGUAUGGACGCAGGCGGUCUUGCUCAAAUUAAUUAUUUCCACCAACAGGGGAACCCGGCAUCCUUCGCCUCCAGAGGAAAGGGUUCGCACCUGAGGAACAUCUCUGUGCCAGUUCCUUCCAACAACCUCUCUGCCCCCGCAGACAAUAAGACGGUCACUACCCCUCGCACAGCAAGGUCUGCCUUGUUGGCUGGACUUCGGACUGCACCAAGGACCCCGAACCCAACCCCUACUUCUGCUCCUCCCGCAGAAGGCGGUCUCGAAUCCAAGUAUAACCUGCCUGGAUCGUCCGGUUUUGCUCCGCAAAGUGCCCGUUCUAGCCAGUCCCCCAACCGCUACCAAGGAUACCAGAGUUCCCAGGGCGCUUCCUAUUCUGCGACCUCUCAACAGUUGCCUACCCCUCCGUCAUCUUCCCCCGCACUCGGCUUGAAUGGUGAAAUGUUCGAGCUGUCUGACGAAACCGAUAAUGGGAGGUAUCAGCAAUUGCUCGCGACCAAUUUCAUCCUCGCUCAGAAGCAGGCUGAGCUCCAGGCUCAGUUGGCCAAUUCUGCUCAUCAAGUACAACUUCUUCAAUUACAGCAGCUUCAGCUCCAGUCUUCUGGAUCCGGCAACUUUUCAACUCCCCCUAUGAGCCCCGGUGGUAUGGGCUCGUACAUGCAGCAAUCCGCAAAUGCUGCCAACAUGAAUGCUGGUAGAUACUAUCCUAUCUACAAUAACAUUUAUGGAUACUACGCACAGCCUCAGGUCUCGGUGGAUUACCUGCAGCAAUUCCAGCAACAGCAGCAGCAGCAACAAUCCCCUCCUACUUCUGCUCAACCUGAGAAUAACUCGCCGGUUUAUCAGCCCCACCAACAGCAACAGCAGCAACAACAACAACAGGCACAGCUUCCGGAGAAGCAAUCACCCACGUUAAAUGCUUCUGCUGGACGUUCGGGUCGUUCCAGAUCACCACCAAAGCUCACACUUAACCAACCGACUAACUCGAGCGGUUUCAAGCGCGGUCAUAGAAAGGCUAGCUCAUUGUCCACCUGUGUGAAUGUGAGCAACUUGGAUAUCGCGGAGCCUCCAAAGACCUCACUCCCUAAGAUAAUGCCCACUACACCGAUGACGGCAACCUUUGCCCCAGGGCAUGCUAGUGGAUCUCACCCUAUUCGCCAGCCCCGCGGUCCUCCGGCUAUCGAAGAGUUGAAGGCUAAGCCAACAAACAAAGAUGGAGGAAGCAAGAACUUUGCAACUAGACAGCGCCGACGGGCCGUCUUCAAGUUGGUUACCGCAGGGAUGGAGAGAAGGACUGCUAGGUCUGCUUCUAGUUCCAUUGGUGGCACUAUGACCCCUGUCUCGGAAAACGAGGGUUCUGGGCUUGAGGAUGCUGAAAGUGUCUCUUCAUCCCUCUCUGGACGUGCGAGCCGUGCAAGCAUUCGUGGUGGUGAUUCUCCACAAGAUUAUAGUGCGUCUAGCGUUAGCGGCGAUGAGAGCUUUGGCACGAAGCAAACUGAGAGCAAAGAAUCUGGAGGGUUGAAAGCUCCCAGAUUGGUCUUCAGCUCCGCCACGAAGAGAAAUAGUGCCCAGUUUUAAGCGUGGCCUAAUUACUUGGGGUUAAUUCAUUUGCUUUUGGUCUUAUCGGGCCGCUCCCUUCACUGGUUGUUUCGCUAUUUUCCCAUGUUGUCUUUUAUACUCCCUGACGUUAUUCCUGUUUGCGCUUUUACUAUUGGUGUUUGAAAACUCGUAUGUUAUGAAUUAAGUGUUCGGGAUGGACAGUAGCUGAUUUCUUUUUUUUUCUUUUUUGGAAAUGGGGGACAAUAUUUUUGUUUCACUAUUUUUUUUCUCUUUUCUUUUAACAACUCUUUUUUUUCCUUUUAGUCUGGAGAUGGGAUCCGAGAGAGGGUGAGGUACCAGGGACAAAUGGAAAUCCUCGGGGAAUUUUUCAAUACGGACGAGAAAUAUGAUUGAGGCAGUUGGUUUUUCGCUUUUCUCUCUCCCUUAGUUACUUAACUCUGGUGAUGACAUGGGAUGUGUUUGGGAAGAGGAGGAUUACAAGCAAAUGGAUAUUCGGGAUGGAUUGAACGGAGUGGAGAAUUGAGAGAACUUUAUCUGUAUUUUUUAGUGAAAGUUGGGAUCGUGCUUUUUAUACGACUUGUUAAUUGAGGUUGUGGAGUUUAGUUUUUUCUUUUCUUUCAAAUUCUUACGGACGGGGGGUGGAUUGAAUUGAAUCGGGAAGCAGAGAGGUGAGAAGAGAAUUUGCAGAUUGAUUGAAUUUCCCUCUUCGGUUUCUUUUUCUUCGUUGAGAUUUGAGGCGGGCGAGUGUGAUGGGGCAAAAGCAAAAAGCAAAGAAUGAGGCUCGGGGGAAGAAAAGAAAGGGGACCAAUUUGAUGUUUGCCUCGUCUCCUUCCACCGCUGUUGUUAUCAUAUUCAUAUUACUCAGGCAGUGCUUGAGAUGAGCGUGAGGGGUCCAAACGUCUGGUGCAAGCGUGAUUGGGAAACGUUUUCCUGGGUUGGACAAACAGACAGACCUGUUCGGAGACAGUUGAUUGAUUGCUUGUGUGUGUGGGAUGUGCACAGUUUUUCCCUUGCCUUUUUAGUUGAUGUAUUUCCCGUGUCUCCCCUCUUUUCUUCUCUUCUCCUGUAUAUACUCUUUGCGCUUUGAAGACUUUGGUAUUUCUAUGAUAUGAUACUUUGCCCUCCUUCCUUUCUCUCUUUCUCACACCAAUAUCGUACUUAUUAUAUUAUACUGUCAAAACACGCACCUCCCGCUCACUCACUCACACAGAGCCCCAUUCCUCCACCAUGGACAUGGAGGAUGAUCUGCCGGUACUCGAGCGUGUCAGUAGGGAAAAAUGGGAAGGUGAUUUCUACAGAUUUUUGUGAACAACCGGGCCCCAUAGGCACGGCACCCUAAAUUACGGUAGUCUAAGGUCAACCCGUGCACUCCUGCAAUAUAGCGGUAGCGUGUCCUACUCCGAGACACCCGGGCCCGAGCCGGAG